GACAGAAUGAAAUGUCAGAAAAGUUUUCAAUUUCUUCAUCCAAGCCAUGCGGAUUACGGAUACAAAUAAUGUUAAUUGAGUAAAUAAGCCGCAAAAUCAAUUCAUUCUAAGACAAAGCCGUGAUCAAUCAAUCAAACUUCAUAAGUAGAGGGUUACUUAUCAGGAAAAUGAUAAAUUUUACAAAACAUAUGUGUUCAUUACGAUCCAAAAGCAAUUUGUAUUUUAGACCUCUCUCAUUAUAUUACAAACAAAAUAGAUACAAUUCAAAUGGUACCAUACUAGGAAUUGAAACUUCAUGUGAUGACACCGGAUGCGCUAUUAUAAACGGCGCAGGUGUAUUAUUAUCAGAAACAUUACAUUCACAGAACUUAGUACACCUGCGAAAUGGAGGAAUAAUUCCAGAUGUUGCUCAAGAUUUGCAUCGUACUCAUAUAGAACCAAUUGUAUCCAAAACACUCCGAAACGCUUCAUUAACCAUGGAGGAUAUCUCAGCCAUAGCAGUAACUCUCAAGCCUGGUUUACCCCUGAGCCUCGCAAUCGGUAUGAAGUACGCCAAGCACCUCGCGCGACGCUUCAAGAAACCUAUCAUACCAAUUCAUCAUAUGCAAGCACAUGCACUAGCAGCAAGAAUGCAUCACAAUAUAGAUUUUCCAUUCUUAGUGCUUUUAAUAUCUGGAGGUCACUGUCUACUGGCUAUUGCUGAAGAUGUUAAUGUUUUCAAACUUCUGGGCGAAAGCAUGGAUAGUGCACCAGGAGAAAUGUUUGAUAAAGUAGCUAGAAAAAUGAAAUUAAGGAAUUUACCAGAAUAUGCUAAAAUGUCUGGUGGUGAAGCGGUUGAAAGAGCUGCUGCCAAAGCUACCAAUCCACAUAUUUUUAAACUACCACUACCUCUGGCUGACUAUAAGGACUGUAACUUUAGUUUUAAUGGAUUAAAAACUUCGGUUUUUUUACACCUUAAAAAGAAAGAGUUAGAGCAUGAAGUAGUGGCUCAUAAAUUGAUCCCAGAAGUAAAUGAUUUGUGUGCUGCAAUGUUAAUGGCAACAUCCAGACACCUGGUUCACAGAACACAGCGAGCCAUUGAAUUUUGUCAUAGAAACAACUUAUUGCCUGAGAAGAAUAAGCAACUUGUUGUAUCAGGGGGAGUAGCUUGUAAUAAUUAUAUUUUUAAUUCGCUAACAAUGUUGUGCAAUGAAUUUGACUAUAGAAUCUGUAGACCACUUCCAAAAUUAUGUACAGACAAUGGAGUAAUGAUAGCUUGGAAUGGAUUAGAAAAGUGGAGAAAAAAUAUAGACAUAAUAAAAGACUUCAGCUCAUUAGAUAUUGAAGCUAUUAGUCCAUUAGGUGAAAGCCUAAUCCCAGAAAUAAGUGAAGCCAAAAUACCAAUUAAAUUAAUUAAAAUAAAAAUGAAUUCGACCAACCGUUAA